CAGUAGAUGGCGCUGUCCAUUUCUUGUGUUUUUUUUGUGAAGAAAAGAGGGCAGCUCCUGAUGUGUGGCUUGUUUUUUUUAUGGACUACAUAUAUAUUUCAGAAAGUUAUUUAGAAAAUGGCACCAGUUAGGAUAUUUCUAUAGGUGAUUAAAACUGUAGGCGGAAUUGUGUUGAGGAUGUUGGUAUGGCAUCGGUGAAGGAACCAGUUGCCGAUUCACAAUUGACCAAAACCCCUAAAGUAGUCUCCAAAAGUAAAGGACAAAAACAAUGUGAUGUCAAAUCCAAGAAGAAAAAGAGCUCACUGACUGACACAGCAAAAAUUUGGCAUAAUUCAAAAAAUGACAAUGGAUGUUUUAGACUUCGUAAUAAAUCACCUGCAAGGGCGAGAGGUUCUGGAUCGGAAAGAAAUGAAAAGAAUAAACGAAGAAGCAACAGCAACUGCAGGACUCCAUUGCUGUCAGAGUGUUUGGGUAGCUCCAAUCCUGAAAGCCGUCGAGAUUGGGAAAAAGAGGGUGGCAGACCAAAAUGUAAAUCUGCCACUGCUUUACCAAAAGAGAGUAUUCCACAAGAGCGGCUUGUUAAAGGUGACCAGUUACAGAAGCCAGGUACAAAAAAGUCCAAUGCAUCGCCUAAGUUGCAAAAGAAAUACUCAAGUAAAGCUCCAUGGAAAUCUCACAGCAAGAAGAAAAAAUCUUUUGAUAAAAACUUGAAACAAUCUUCUACUUUUUCAAAGUACUCAAACUCACAAGCACGUCUACAAGGUAGACAUUCAUCAAAGAAGAGAGAGCAUAGUAAGACUAAUGAGAAAAUUAAAAUGGAAAAAAAAUGUGAACAUUCCCAGAGAUCAAAGAUUCUAGGAACAUCUAAAAAGAGUGGAAAACGUGAACACCAUUCAACAUCUGAUUCUCAAAGCCCAUCAGAUGAAUUACAAUUAAGUCCACGAUAUGAAAAUACUAAGCAGAAAAAUGCCCCCAAACAUGAGAGUAAAACAACCAGCCAAUCCAAACCAAGAAAAAAGUGUUCCAAUCAUAGGGUGGUACCUGAAACAGAGCUUCCAUCUAUGGAGGACACUAGCGACAGUGAUUCUGAGCAUCCAGCACGAAUUAACAUACAACCAACAACAUUAAGAUCUGUGAGAUUUCCGAUGGAGAAUGACAGUGGUGAAGACUGGGAUGUAUUGGAUCCUUUAGCUGAACCUUUUUCUGAUGUUGCCAGACCAUUUAUAGAGUUUCAUCAACACUUCUUAUCGACAUUGUUAGCUGGAAUAUUUUCUCCGUCUUCUUCUGACUGGGACUCAGAUGACGACCUGAAUGAAGAGGAUUACUUUGAUGAGGAUGAGGAUGUCAGAACUUCAAAUGAGAAUAACAGUGCUGAACAUGAUGGUGACUCUUCCUCCAACUCCUCUAGUGAUAGUGAAAGUGAGGAUCUCUUUGUCGGUGGAAGAAAUCAUCCUAUUGGCAGUAGUCACAGAGACAUUGCAUCUGGUGAUAAUUCUAGCCAACCAGAUGGUGUUUUUGAUAGUGAUCCACUGAUGGCAUCAGGCUAUAAUUCAGAACACAGUGCUGAAGAUACAGACAUAAGUGAAGAUGAUUUGAUAUACAGGGUUGCUGAAGAUUAUGAUCAACUUGAUCCUUUGCUAUCCCUGGCGCUACGCAUCCCUCAACUUUCUGUGGGAGAAUUCAUCUUGCAUCGACAAUUGCAGUUUGCCCAGGACAUGCUCCAUACACUCUAUGAGAAUGUGGUAAUGAUAAUAGCCUCCCAUCCAGAACUUCAAAAUGAUGGUGCACCACCACCAGCUACAGAAGAGACUAUUGCAAAGCUACCAUGUGUAGUUGCCACUAAAAAUAUAUUAGGGGACAAUACAUCAUGUGCAAUCUGUAGAAGCGACUAUGUUUUAGAUGAGAAGUUAACAGAGUUACCAUGUAAACACAUGUUUCAUCCUAUAUGUAUAGCUGCCUGGUUACACAAGUCUGGCACCUGUCCAGUGUGUCGCUUUCAACUCCAACCUCCAGCUACAGAAGGAACUUGAAACAGUAAAUGGAUGUGGCUAGUAAACCUAUUUUUUUGGUUUGUUGUAGAUAAGAAAGAGAAGGAAAAUAAUAUCAUUUAUUUACCGUCAACACAUUUGUAUCAAUCCCUUUUCCCAUAUCAAAAAGAAAAAAAUGGAGAAUGGUAUGGUAAAUAUAUUGGAUAUGUAUAUCACAAUAUGGCUUUGUUUUUACAUGGGCAGUGGACCGUCAUUAAUAAACAAAAAGUAUUGUUUGUAAAAUGAUAAUCUGCCUGCAAUCUUAAUGUACUGCACACUCUUCAAUGAGAGAGAGCCAUAUCACGUGUGAUGUUGAUAGUUAUUACACCGAUACCCUCCCUCUCCUCUCAAUUUAUAUUUUUAAAAUUUUUUUCUUUAUAUAAUUAUAUUUAGGAUUGCCGUAUGGCCGUAUUGCUAAAAAAGUAUUUUACCUCUAUUCAUGGCCAAAAAAUUGUCUCCUUAAUAGGAGUGACCUCAUAAUAGUGGUGUUUUAAAGGAUGUGUUCCACAGUAUACAACAUUGUGUGCUGAUUAUUUCAGAAGUAUUAACUGUUGACCUCUUAUAGACAAUUGUAUUAUCUGUGUUUGAUGCUAUACGUGUAGCUUUACAGAUGGCAUCUCAUCGUCAAACACAGAGAGCAUGGUUCUGUGAUGUAGUGUGUGCGAAUGGCUAAAUGCCAUGCUCUUAACAAACAGCAUUCAUGAUGAAUAGGGCAAUGCAUUUACUCUACCAUGUCCCACCAUUGAUAAUAAUAGUAACAAUUAGCCAUUCUAAGAAUUGAAAUAUAAUAGCAACCAACUUGGAAAAAAAAAAUAAUGUUGGUAGACUUAUUAUUACAAAAAAAAUAAGUAAAUUAUAUAAAAACCGUAAGUCAUUUUUAUACUGUACCAAGUGAAAUGGUAAAAAAAAGAAAAAAAAAAAAGAAAAUAUAAAUAAUAAGUUAUCUUUUGUUAUCUAGCUGGAUUGACUGCACCCUCUUAAAAAUUUGUUUUACCCUACACCCUACAAAUAAACAUAAGUUUCAUUACAGAAAAAGAAACAAUACCUGUAGAAAAAAAAAAUAGAAUAGCAUAUAGAACAUAAAUAAGUGACAAUAUAUUUUAUGUUUUUGAAAUUAAAGAGAAUUAAUUGGUAUAUCAACAUAAAACACCAAUAACCCAAUGAAACAUCACAUCCUAUUGGCUUGGUAAAUUUGGUUAAAUAUUCACUUGGUAUUUAACACUUUUCCGUAGAUAAUUGUGGUACUUUAUUUUAUUGCACAAAAUUGUUCAAUAUCAAUUCCAUUGGCUUUAUCUAUUGCUACACAAAUGAUUUUUUUAGAUGAUCAUGUAUACUUUAAAGCCUUAUCAAUUGCUCUUUAUGUGUAUACUUUGGUCGGUUGCCUCUACUUGUACAAUUGUGCGAGUAUCAUCUUCUGUGUUCUUUCUCAUUUCUAUGAAAGACUUAUUUUUAUUUUAAAAUAAUUUUUGUUUUGUUUAUAUACAUGUUACCCACUCUAGCAUGACAGGUUCUUGUCUCAAAAAAUGAAAAAUGAGAUUAUUUGUAGCAUGUAGGUCAAAAGCAAAUAGUUGAUGGAAAAAUUGUUAAAAACAUAACAAAUGGAGAAGAUGUAAUUCAUAUUUUCAGUCCAACAUGCAUGGAGAUGAUCAAUACAUGUGAAUUUUAGCCGAUUUAGUUUUUACAAGCACCUGGUUUUGCCAGAGUUGGUCACAUACUUUCUAUGUUUGCAGUCGUACAACAAUCAAUAUAUAUAUUUUAUGUAGAGACAAAAAAUUAUCUGUACAAACACAAACACUGUGAUUAGGAAAACUGAUAUUUGCUCUUGUCAACUUUAAAGGCUCAUUCUCAGAAAUUUUUUUAGCAUGAAUGAAUAUCUGUUUUUCAGUGUUUGCAUUUGUAUGUGUCAUAAUUUUUCUCUAUUUUUAUAUCAAAAUGCAUAUGGAACCGUAUAUAUAUAUAAGUAUAUCUAUAUAUUUAUUUAAUGAGCACCCAAUAACUUUGUUUGCUGUGUAUUACCCAAUGACAGUGAAUGUAUACAUUGGGUGUCUCUUUGCUUUAUUUUUUACUGAUGUUUUCAAAGAAAUAUGUUUUGGGGAUUAUUAAAGUAAGAAUGUGGAUGCAACCUGGAGUGAUAAAUAAUUGGCCAGCAAUUGUAGGUGUGUGUGUGUGUGUAACUGUUCUUGGUACCUCACUGAAUUUCACCUUGCUUGCCAGUAACAAUUGUUAGUUUUAUGCAAAUGUUAUACUGGUUUAAAAAGUGUUACACAAUCACAAUUUUUAUUUUCAGAUUCCUUUGUAAAGUUAAAUUAAGUUACUUUUUUCCUAUAUUAUUUAUUAUGUCAUUAAUGAUGACAGUAUAACUUUAAACAUGUAUUACAGUAAUAAAUCUGUUUACACCCACUCUGCCCAUCUCUGGGGUGCCAUGGUCACCUGACUUCAGUUAUAGGAAGACUUUCCCGUUAUAUUGGGGAUGUGGAACUGCUACCAUAUAGUGCAGUUCCACAUACUUCUUAAUACUUGUUCUCGAUCCUGUUAAUUUUAAGUACUGUGAAGAAAGAGGUUUACAUUACUUACAUGUCUACAUAAUAUUGAAGGAAAAUGUUCUUUGGUUGAAAUGUUACAAUAAAACCCGUUUUUUGUGAUA